UAUAAUGCCUUCUCUCAUCUUCCGCCCAGUGUGGAACUUUGGUCUUCUGCUGAUAGAGUGCCACACCCAUGUGGGAACCUGGGUUCACGUUCUGCUAUCGUACAGGCUACGUCCUCUCUAGCUGAGAACACGGAUGGGAAGCAGUAAGCCUCUGAGCCCAGAUGAGCUCUCAGAAGGCUCUCCUAGCAGUAGCCAGCUCUGUCGGAGGUCAUGCUAUGAUCAGAAAGUGGGGUGGAAAACACAGUGUGGCUGUGGCGUGAACCCCAAGUUAUUUAUUUUUCGUGUUAUGUGUUGUCUCAUGGCCCUUGCUGUCACUCAAAGGACACAGGGCUGACCUCUUUGGAGCAACAGGACAGACAAGUCAAGUCACUGACUGCUGCCCAUCCUGUGACACUACAAAGACCCUUGAAAGGGUCAGUUUCUACGUUGAUGCUGUCCUCUGUGAAGCGACUGAGUAGCUCACAGCUAUGGUGAAGAGAGAACCUUGAACCCCAGAACCAACCUGUGUGCCUUGCUGCUGCUGCUGCUGCUGCUGCUGCUACUGGCAGACUCUUCAGAGCAUGUGGUCCUUCAGAGAGAGAACCUGGUCACAGGACAGAGCACCACGACUCAUCCGUCUGUGUAGAUGAUGUGGUCUAGCUUCUCUGGGAAGCAGCCAUGCAGAUGCCUGAACUCAAGUCCCAUUGCAGAAGAUGAGCUACCACCACCAACCAGAGAUCCAGACAAGGGCCUCAGGACGUGAUACCUGGAAGUUUUUCUGGCAUGGGCAGGAGUGUGGGCGAGGGCAGGGUGACAGGAUGACCUUUACUCAUCUGCAGCAUUUCCCAGGCCUGUAAGCUGCGUUCCAGCAAAGCUACAGCCAAUAUAGGUCCCAGAGCCCGGUCCUGCGACACCUAUAGAGCGAGCUGCUGGUGACUUGGUGGGAGAGGACCGAAAGGCGGGCUCUAUCUGUUACCUUUUGGGAUUGGCCUCUUGGCACCUGGGCGUGACUCGAGCUAAGGUAUAAGACAGGAGCGCCACUGUCUCCUGCUGCAGUGCUGAAGGCGGAGCCCUAGCUGCGAGUUAGACGUCACCUGCUUUGAUCCUGCAGUCGGACCCAACGAGCCUGAAGAAGAACAGGCACUCGUAUCCGCCGCGCUCCGGCACAAACUAAAAGGAUGAGGCUUCUUGGUCGACUCCGCUCCUCCACUCCUGAGCCUGCCUUUUCCAACGUGCUCACCCCGGGCCGCAUCCCAGAGUUCUGCAUCCCCCCGCGGUUGCCUGUGCCGGACGCUCCCGAAUCACCGCUCCCGGCCGCCUCACUUCCUUGGCGCUGCGCGGCCGAACCCGACCUAUGGCCACGCACCCAUGACGGCCGUGAGAAUGGUGACGAAGACGGCGCGGGCCUCACCGACUGGGACCCGCGCUCUCAGGCUGCGCUCUCGCUGCCGCACCUGCCCCGGGCGCGCACGGUUUACGGCUUCUGUGCGCUGCUCGAGAGCCCGCACACACGCCGGAAGGAGUCGCUCUUCCUCGGCCACCCCGGCACCCCUCGGCUGGGGUUUCGCCACCGUGCGCAUACCUGCGCGUGGCAGCGCCGAGCCUCAGAUUCUGAGCUCGCCGCCCCGCGCGAUCUGGACACAGCCCCAUCAGUCGCUCCUGUGCCCCAUGUGCGCCGCCUCUUGCGCGCUCCCGAUGGUCUGUUGAGCCGCGCGCUGCGGGUCCCCCGCGGUCGGGCCACCGCGCGUCCCGGGUCCCGGGGCGACGAGCGCGAGCGCGCCGCCUCCUGCGCGCCCCCAGCCCCCACCGGCCCGGAUCCCGAGCGCCUGCAGGCCGAGGCCAACGUGGCUCUGGGCCGCGGGGGUUGCACGCUGCGCCUGGCGGCCGAGUACUGUCCGCGCAGCGCCUGCCUCCGCCUCCGCCUACUGCGCGCUGAGGGCCCGGCCGCCGAGCUCGAGCCCCGCGCCCUGGGCUGUCGCCUCAGCCUGGUGCUGCGGCCGUCCGGCCAGCAGCGCGCCAGUGUGGUCCGCCGCAGCCGCAAGGCCGCCCUGGACCAGGACUGCUGCUUCGACGGGCUCCCGGAGGAGCAACUGCGCCGCCUGGCGGUGCGCAUCAAGGCCGAGAGCAAGGGCCGCGGGCUGGAGCGCAGACGACCACUGGGCCAGGGCGAGCUGCUGCUGGGCUCUCUGCUACUGCUCUGAGCGCGGCUUCCCUGGCGUCCUGGACACCUAAGGCCACUUGGCCAUGAGAUGCACAGAGACUCUUGGCCCUAGGACACUCAAGGCCUCUUGGACUCUGACAGUGACGUGGCCCUGGGUCACCCACAGCCUUUUGGCUCUGGUACACUUUCUCUUUUGUACAAAAUAAAAGUUAUUUAUUUUCCUA